AUGCGUCCCUCGCACUCAUGUGUACCGCGCGCGUUGCGUCAUACAACUGCGUGUGCUCUGCGGCGACCAGCGCCGGACAACGCUGCGAGCGCGCUUCACACGGCUCCCAGCGCUGCCAACUAUGGCAGCUCCCAGCACACGUCGGCCAUGUUCCAGCACUGCCAGUCGGCGCCCGGGAGAGACAAGUCCAGCUCUGAAGAGUACAAGCGGGAAGGCGGCGGCAGGUCGCCGGCGUGGGGCGGGGCGGAGCCCGGGGGCGGCGGAGGCGGCUACCAGCAGCGGCGGGGGUCGCUGCAGCUGUGGCAGUUCCUGGUCGCGCUGCUGGACGACCCGGGCAACUCGUCGUGCAUCGCGUGGACGGGCCGCGGCAUGGAGUUCAAGCUCGUCGAGCCGGAGGAGGUGGCGCGCAGGUGGGGCGUACAGAAGAACAGACCCGCCAUGAACUACGACAAGCUCAGCCGCUCCUUGCGCUACUACUACGAGAAGGGCAUCAUGCAGAAGGUCGCAGGCGAGCGGUACGUGUACAAGUUCGUGUGCGACCCGGAGGCUCUGUUCAACAUGGCGUACGGCGGCUCGGAGGCGGGCCACUCGCUAAACCAGCACGCGGCGGCAGCAGCGCGCGCCGCGGCGGCCUCGUGCGACUCGCCGCAGGCCUCGUCCUACGGCGACAUGCUGGCCGCGUACAGCGCCACGGCGGCCACCAACUACACCUCGCUGCACCACUUCCAGCCGUACCUGGAGCCGGGCGCGUUCCGCCAGCCGCCUGCCCCGUCGCGCCACGCCUACCCGUCGCAGCAGUACGGCGACCCGUACCCCGCCUACGGCGCGGUUCAGGACCUGUCGGUAGAUGGCAGCAGCGGCGCGGCGACCAAGGAUCGCAGCUACCUCUCCAGGCCGCCGCUAGGUGGCAGCAGCAGUAGCGGCGCGUCAGACAAGGGAAACUUCAUAGAUGGCGCCAAGAGCGCCGAACGCGUCAAACUGCUGGCGGUGGCCGGGAGGGGUAGUUCCCAAGACUCCCUGCUAGAUAGCAGCACGUCCCGAAAGCUCGACCCACCGCCGUUCCACUGCUUAGGAGUGGACAGUUGCGUGUGUUGAAAAAAAUAUGCCAAAAUUUAUUAUCUCCGUGCCGGUAUGGCCUGUCAGUCAAUUUACAAACAAUUAAAACUCCACCAGUGUUAGUUACUGUCUCGUAAUUCUAUCGAUCUGUUAUCAAUGUUUUUUUGUGUCGUAUUUAUGUAGCUCUCCUGAAUAUAUCAUGUUGAAUUUUUCUGUAUCUAAUUGUUUGAAUAAAAUUCACCUCUAUCAA